AUGGCCGAGCCUGGCCUUGCGCCACGGGAGAUACCCAUGCAUAUGGAUCCCGUGGAGACCAAGGAACAGGACAUCCAGGCAGGCCGCCGCCACGACGCGGCAGAUGGCAAAGUCUCAGGCCAACAGCAGGGUAGUGGUGUAACCCCGCAGAGUUCUACCGCAAGGAAAUGCAAGUGCGCCAAGUUUCAACCCAUCGAGGACUUCGACGGAAAAAAGAAGUCUUGUCGAGUCCAGCUGGCAAAGCACAGCGAACGUCGAAGGAUCAAGCUUCUGAAGGAGCGGCUGGCGAAGCAGAAGCAGAAGCAACGAGAGAUCUUGAUGAUUGCAUCCGCCAUGGGUGACGGCGGCGGCGGCGGCGCUGCUGUCGCCGCUGCCGGCGCCCGGAUAGCCGCCACCACCGCCACUACCGCCGCGGCUAAUGUCACUGGCCCACAGCUCCACAACAUGCUGGCAGAUACCACCACCGCGGACACUGUGGAAGAGGUCCAGUCUCGGCAUCAUCAGCUGGCGUCGUGGCAAUCGCGCAGCGCAGUACGACGGAGGUCAGCACGCAGCUCCAGACGAUGCCUGCUAGACGUCACCAUCGAUACCACCACCGAGGUUGACGACGACGACGACGACGACGCCGAGGUUGACGACGACAUGGACGUCGACGUCGACGUCGACGGUGACGAAGGCGGCAAUGAUGUCGACGACAAGGACAUAGGCGGAGGCGGAGGCGGCGAUGGCCGCAGGAAGACGAGCUUCAAGCCGCGGCGCCGUGCAAGCAAGCGUGGGAUUAGUGGGGUCGCCGUCCUUGGCGACUGCGGCGGCGCCAACGCCGGCACCGGCGUGCCGUCUGUAGCUGUACGGCAGGCUGUGUGCACAUCAGCACCGCUCGGAGCGCACUGCAGCGGUAAUAUGCUCACUGAGAUGACGUCAGCAUCCGCGCCGCCGCCGCCGGCUUCUGCUGAUGCACCGGCGGCGGCGGGGCAUGAGUCAUCAGGGGGGCCUCGGCGCCCACGAUUGAGCCCCGGGGCAAGGGUAGUGACGGCGGCAGCGGCGACACCGCCGCCGCUGCAGCCAAUACGGCGCACAAUAACAUCGGAGUUUUGCAUUGACGGGGUGGCGGCGGCGGCGGCGGCGGCAGUAGCGACGCGGCGGCAGCAGCUGCCAUUGCGACGGACGGUUUCCCAGUCUGCUGCUUGUCUCCCCGCGGCACCAGCGACGGACACGCCGCAGCCGUUGAUGAACCAUCUGUCCGUACUCGACAAGGAAAUCAACGGGAUGCUCCGCCAGAUCGCCCAGGAGCCCGAUGUCGUGCAGAUCGUACUGCGAAGUCCUCCUGCAGCGCUGUCACAGCUGUCGUUUCCCCCCAGCCGCCUGCUCCGCGGCGGCAGCGGCUUUAACCCUGGGAUGCCAGCGCUGCGACCACACCCGCCAUUAGCCCCUCGCGAUGGGUUUAGCGGCAACGGUCUUGCUACUGCCCCUCUUGGACAGGCGGCUGUGGCUAUGGGCGGGAAGCCGCCGAGCUUUGCCUGGUACAGUGAAAACAGUAGCGCGCUGCUGACCCCAGAUGUGGGCAGUAACGGCAGCGACAACGGUAAUGGUAAUGGCAAUGGCCAAGGCAUACCGAUUGGGCCGGCGACGGCGCUCCGGAACCUGGGGCCAUUGUUAACGAAACCGCCGACGGCCGUUGGCACAUCAUCCGCGCAAAUGCCGGCGGUCGUUGGUUUCGGAGUCGGCCCUCCUGCCACAGCAGUGCUGCCUCCGCAACAGCUCUUGGUGUCGUACGUUAUUCCGAGCGGUCACUGCUUUCCUGCCGCCGUCACUCAGAGUGGCCAUGGCGGCGGCGGCGGCGGCGGCGGCCCCCUUGGAGAUGCCGCACCGCGGCGGCGGCGGCGGCGGCGCCGAUACCGAAAGUCCGCCACGUUCGCUGCCAGCACUGCCGCCGCCGUGCUGCACGAGAACCCCGGAGCCAGUGGCGGCGACGCCGUCACCACCGGACAGAGCCCCCCUCUGCCGCUGCUGACAAACAACCCGAGUGGCCUCCGCCUCGCCGUUACACCGUUGGAAACGUUGGGUCAGGAACCAAUGCCAGCAGCGGCGGCAGAGGGCCAGCUGCCAGUGCCGUGGAGUUGCCGUACGAGGGAGCCGCUAGGGCUCCGAGCUGAGGAGCUGCUGCUGCUGGAGGGCAAGCACGAGAACGGCGAACUGGGGAGCGGCAUCGUAAUGCAGCUGAAGGAGCCGCAGCCGCGGGCCCCCAGGCGAAACCGAAAGCGGCCGCCGCAAAGUAGCCGCCGUUGCCGCGGCGGACUCCAAGAGGGCGAGCCGAUGACGGUGACGACUCGCGUGCUGGCGGCGGCCGCAAUAUACCCUGCGGGGGUUGUCGUCGUCGUCGUCGGAAUGCCAACGAGGGUCCAUGCCAGUGAAGCGGCGGUUGACACGGCGGCGGUGGCGGUGGAGAUGUGGCAGUGCCGUCGAUCUCCGACAUGGGAUGGCCGUACUGGAGAUCUCGCACGGCAGCGUCAUGGGGCUCGGCUGCCGCUGCUGGUAAACACACAGCAGGGGGCCUGCGUCGGAGGUCCAUGGCCUUGCGGGGCGCCCGCGACAGAAGGGCAGUUGUCUGAAGACUCCCUGGACAGGCCGUGUUACUUCUGUCGUACAAUUGUCGUACAAGUGUUUGGACACACCACGUAUCACGCGCAAGAAGGGCAAAGGGACGUGCAGAGCAGCAACCAGAGCACAUUGGCAAGCACGACUCCCCCAACGGCUGCUUUACUGGUUUUACUUCUACAGGGUGACGAGUCGACCGGGCACGGGAAGGAAGGAGAGGGCCACUUAGGAGGUCGUACGGUGGACAUUGCAGGCAUGCGUGUUGUACGGCAGGAGAAGGCCAUGCACUUGCAUCGACGAGUCUCCAUGCUGCAGUACUGGCGUGGCGGUGGUUUGGUGGUGGCGGUUGUUGUGCGGCGGGUGAUGGUGGUUUCGGUGUCGUCAAGAAUGGCACCCGAUGGUGCCCUGGAUGUGGAUGUGCAUGGGCCGGACAAGAAGCGUCAAAAGCUGGCAAAAUUGACGGGGUUGGGCUUCGCCAGGGACAUGGCCGAAGUCAUCGUGGAAACGCUUGGGAUGGACCCCAUCGGGCAGUCGGCCGAUGCCGCCAUCGCCAAAACAUUGUCUGAAGAAGGCUUGGUGGACUUGGCGUCAGUGAAGACCGUGGCUGGCGAGGUCGAAGUCAACGCACGGCUGGCGGAUGCGGAUUCCGAGGUGGCAAUCAAGUCGCUGAGGGCCCUCGCCCCGAACCUUAAAGCUCUCCAAGCCCUCAAGCUUGCAAAAGCAGCAUGGAACUUCCUGAGCAGUAUUUGCUUGCGGAUGAUUCUCAACAACUGCAUGAAUGCAUACAUAUGA